UGUGCUCCUCGGCAGAUGGGCUGAAGUGGAUCAUAAUAAAAAACAAUAAAAACUACUUAAACUAUCUUGUGAUAAAAGAAAAGUUGUGUCAAAAAUGCCGUUUGAUUGUAUAAAAAUAAUGAAUGUAAACCGAAAAGAAUUGAAUUGCAAGAGAGAUUCAUGUGACUCACGACACGGAAGCUCAGAUUGGGAAGAUUAAAAUAAACAUUUUAUGCUUGCACUUUUGCUGCAUCUGUUCCCAAAGAGAAAGGUGUUUGUAUAAAAGCAAAGUCCUCGACAUUGCAGAAUCAUUCCAAGCACAGCGCCCGAAGCUUGAGAAUAUCCCUGAUUAAGUAACCCCAACAACAUCAUCCAUUCAAUAUGAAAGUAAUCAUUGUGGCUCUCAUUGCUUGCCUGGCAUUUGCGUCUGCUCUUCCUCAGAUUGAGCGGGGCUCAAUAUAUGCACCCAGUGGAAGGUUUGCCAUGACCGAGAACUGGGCAGCUCCACCAGUUGAUCUGAGCCAACCUAUUGUAUUGCUGCCCGUGGCAACUCCCAUUGCUGAAGCACCUCAAGAACCCAAACUCACAGCCCGUCGCCUGAUUGGCUAA